UAGAUAUAAAAGGGCUUCCUCAAGCAGCAGGAUGGCACUCUGCCGGCACUGCCUGCAAUGGGCCCGAGGAUGGAAACCUGCUGCCGGCCCGUCCUGCUGCUGGUCAUUGUGGCCGCAGCAGCCACCGCGGUGCCUUCUCAACACAAGACGCUGAGCUAUGAAGAGGCCAUUGCCCUGGCUGUCGAUUUCUACAACAAAGGGUCAGGCAUCGACCAUGCCUUCCAGCUCCUUAAAGCGGACCCACAGCCUGAGUGGGACAUGACGUCUAACUCUCGGCAGGCGCUGAAGUUCACGGUUAAAGAGACCGUGUGCCCGGUGUCAGAGAAGCUCCCCGGGACUGAAUGUGACUUCAGAGACGAUGGGGUGGUCAGAGACUGCUCAGGAUUCUUCUCCACCCUGCAGAAGUCGCCCAUAGUCCUCAUCAGCUGCAACACUGUGACCCAGGAGCGUACUCACAUCAGGAGGUCCAGAAGCCCAAGACGUAGCUGGUGGCGUCGUCGCUGGCACCGGCCUGGUUCCUACACACUCAUCUCCCAAGGUGGACGCAAAGGCAAAGGCAAAGGCAGUAGAUUACAAAUGGCCUGAUGGGAAGAGGCCUGGGCAUCCGCACAGCAGCUUCUGCGACUCUUGCUUUGUUACUCUGUUCCUUCUGUUUCUGUUCUUAGUUUACUCCUGACACCAUGUCAUGUUCUUCUGCACCAGAUGUGGACUGGAUACAGGGCUUCCUUAUACCCACCAGAUGUGUUCAUCAUACAGUCCUUUUAUGCUCUGCUGGGUGGUAUUUGACACACAGGUGUGGCUAAGGUAUUAAAUAAAGUAUUUGACACCC